UGUGGUGUUAAGACUGUUGAAAUGCUGACAAGAAAUUCUUCAUCAUUUAGAGAAUCAGCUGAAAACUGGAGGCGACACAGCUAAGAUUACAAACCGAAAAUGUACCAGCUUUUUGAUGACUAUGGCAUCAUAAACAAUGGAGAUGUAAUCAAUGGUUUUACUGUUCAAAGUGUUAAAUACAGUCACAACCAUCUUUGUCAACUUGGUGACCUGUACAAAGGCAAUAACCAUCUUUCUUUCGUCUGUGGAGCAGUUACUGAAAUAAAAGAAUAUCUUAUCAGGGGAGGAAACAAUGAGACCUUCAACAACAACAACAACAACCGUGGACUCAUUCUUAGUUUUGCUGAUGAUUGUGAUAUGGAACCCGAAUCUUCGCUCUCAAAAUGUUUUGAAAUUGCAUUUGAAAAAGUUCUGUUGUCAACAAACUCGAUGGUUGUAACCAAUGGUUUUUCGUCAUAUAAUGGGCCAAAGUGGAGCAAAAUUGUACAGAGAGUGAAUAAUAAUCUUGUUUUGUCUAAUGAAUUACCAAUACAGUGUAUAGGAAUAAUCAACUGGAAUGAAAUAGUAUGGGGGCCAGGUGACUUUUCUGACUAUUUGCGCACUUUGGACAGUGACCUUCACCAUCUCUUCAUAUCACAACAAUCAAACAGAUCCAAGCAGCAGGAAUAUCAUACCAUGAACGAUGUUGAAGACCUUCUUUCUCAAGAGAAUGAUGGUCUUUCUGACAAAGAGAUAAGGUUGCCACGUGUACUGGUUGUUUACGGUGGGAAACUGCAUGCACUGAGAAAAGUUAUGAGUGCCCUGUUAUCAUCAACACCGGUUGUUGUCAUUAAGAACAGUGGAGGCGUAGCAGAUAUAUUAUGUCAGAUGAAAAGCCAAGGAGACGAAUCCAGAGUAGAGAAAUAUAUACGAUUCUUUGAAGAACAAGAUGCUUCAGAUGCUUACCAAAUAAUCGAGAAAUUAAAAAAGAAGCGAAAGUUUAUUGACAGUGUAUUGGUGACCGAAGUGGAAGAGUUCGGUUCGAACGUAUUCAGGGCGGCAUUUAUAGAAGAGUUCAAAGAAGGAAAGAAUGUUUUCACAACAAGAAUGUGUGAAAAUGUCUUAAGAUCAGGAAGCCAUAUACUUCUUAGCAUUUUGAAGCAUCCUGAUUUGUUCAAACACAUGGAUGGAAAACUGACAAAACGAAUGCUUCUCUUCCUUUAUAACCAUAUUCCAAGAGGGGCACAGAUCCUGAGUUCAUUGAAGCCAGGUGUUGGUAUAGAAACAUGCAACGAGGAGAUGCACCAACUACAGGAUAUAGCCAUGAUUCUGAAGAACCAGCUGCAAAUUAAAAAGAAUUAUUAUAAACUGCCGGUUGAGGACAAAAUGACAUACCGAGAUUUAUUCGUGUGGUAUUUGCUGACGGAACAAACACAGGUGGCUGUUCACGUGUGGAUGCAAUCCAAUGUUUUGCCGAUUUGGGAUGCAUUAUUGUGCAGUUUUAUUUUGGAUGGCAUGGAACAUAUCAUUUAUGGACAGAAAACCAUAUCACGUUUCAAACAAGCAUCAAGAGAGUACGUUAAUCACGCUACAAGUAUUCUUCAUGAAUGCUACAUCAGCGAAACAUAUCCUGACGCCAAAGACAUCGUCGAGCACGUUCUGAUAGAAAAACCAUAUGAAAUCUUUCAAAAGGCAUACAAUCGGAAAAAGGCCGUUUUUCUCCGUCACAAAUCUGUCCAAGAUAUACUACGUAGACGUUGGUAUGGAAAAGUGUUCUAUGACAACCAAAUGUUUGAGGUGAUGAAGAUUGUACAAGCUGUCCUUUCCCUGAUAUUUCUUCCAUUUGGAUUACUCUUGUUACCAUUUUUAUCACUUUUCAGCGAAAAAAAUACGCAGCAAAUAAUGGACAGAUACAACACGGCAUUCAUUAAAUGUUUCUAUUUUAAUGCAUCUUACACAGCAUUUAUGUGUGCUCUGACUGUGACCGUUUCAACACGAGUCUCGAUUCCUUUUUCAUGGGCCGACUUGAUGUUGUUAGUUUGGUCUGCCUGUUUUGCUCUGGAUGAAGGAAGACAGAUUGUUGCAGCAGAAGGCACGGGGAUGAUAGAAAAAUUUCGAAACUACAUAAGCUGGCGAAAUACGGUGGACCUUGCUAACAUAAUCCUGUUUUUCGUUGGCAUGACUUUUAAAUAUUUCAGUGCCAGCAGUGUGGCUCGAUUCAUCUUAGUUGUCAAUCUUUUAUUGUUCUUUCUGCGAAUUCUGGAUUUGACUUCGAUAUCACAAAGACUUGGUGUUACAUAUGUAGUAAUAAAAGCUCUGAUUGUGAAAGACCUGAUUCCCUUUCUUUUUAUCGUUUUCAUUGUCUCUGUUGCAUUUGGAUUAGCGGAUCUAGCCCUUCUUAAUAAAAAUAUACAAUUGAGUUGGACCCUAGCUGAACAUGCUAUCAUGAAACAAUAUUGGAUUUUACACGGUGACAACAGUGUUGACGACUUUGAUAUUGAGAGUAGUACAAUAUCCGUCCGACUGGUGCCGUAUCUUCGAGGACUGUCAGCGCUGCUUCUCUUUGUACUCCUUUUCAACAUCCUCAUUGCAAUAUUCACAGAACGAUACCAAAAUAUAAUCACACAAAGCCAGAUGCACUGGUUAAACAACUUCAAGGAACUUAUUGCUGAUUAUGAUGAGAAACCAAUAUUCCCCCCUCCUUUUGUAAUGUUUUACGCGAUACACGUGAUGCUCUUCACUUUCCUUUGGUUUGUUACUAUUCCACUACAAGCCUGUUCAAAUCCCAUUCACAAGUAUUCCUCAGCGAUUUCAAAGAUAUUUUGUGAAUGCAAACAUAGAAGACUAAAGCGAGGUCUGAAAUAUUUUGUGAAGUUUUAUCUGUCAUCUGCUGUGAAGCACAGAUCAGGAUUUACUGCGGAGAGGGUACACGUGGUUCUCACAAACGUGAAGAAAAAUUACAUCCAAAGGUUGAUGAAAUCGGAAUUGACAACAGAAUACUGAAGAAGAUUCAAAAAGUCUUACAGGAACACCUCUUGUUUCUACACUCUUGUUCGUCAAAGUUAUAGCAGGAGGACAGAAACCCAUUACAUCGGUCUCCAAGAAGGGGGAAAGUCACGAACCAGGACAUUUCUCUUCUGCAUCUUGUUCCAUUACUGCUCGCUAAAUAGCCAUCUUUACAGGAGCAGAAUCCGGCGACACAAGCUGUGUUGGGUCCUAAACAUUGUUUGUCCGAUGUGCAUUUCCAACCAAGAUACCGUACUGAAAAAAUUUAUCAUAAGAAAGAUUUGCAAAAACUAAUGUGUGCUUUCUGAUUUGUGUAGUACUAAAUUUUUGAAAUAUAUCUUCGAAUUGUAUGGUUUAAAACAAUUGUAAUAACGACAUUAAAGGAUAACAUUUUAUUCUCAAAUGAUUCAAAUUAUAGAAUUCCUAGUACAUAGUUUGUUUAUACUGAUAUAUAUGUUUCUUAUAUGCAUUUCUUAGUGCAUUGUGCCAUCAGGUUAUAUCAUGUAUUCAUCAUGUAUUCA